AGCCAACUGCAUGAGGAAAAUCAGAGACUAAAACGUAAGAAUGGAAGCCAGACUUUCAAUAUUUAAUCUUACAUUGGCCAUUCUGGCCUAUAUAUAUAUUAAUAAAGAACCCGUUGAAGCAUUGUUUGUACCAACGCGGUGCAGCUGCAUUAAGAACAAAGAAACAGUAAGAAAACCAGUUAUCGAUAUGAAGAUAACAGAAAAAGGACCACACUGCAAAAAUGAUGAAAUAAUAUUAACAUUAACAGAGGGAAGCAAAGUAUGCUUAAAUGCGGCUGGCCAUCAAGGCAAACGGCUAAUCAACUGCUGGAAAAGGAUUGAAAAAGAUCCAAAUAGAAAAAUGGAAUGCUUUUUCUGGAUGCGACCAAAGAAUUCCAGCACAGAAAAUGAAAAAGAUGGGACAUCAUGAGCUUUUCACUAGUUUAAUAAAUGAAAAAGGAAGCAAAAAGGAUCCAUCAAGAAAACAGAAUUUUUUUCUAUUUUGUGCUUCAGAGCUCCUGUCAUGUUUUAGAAACUGGAAUCAGUCUUUUUCAUCCAAGCUGACAAUGAGACAGCGUAACGGCACAUUAAAGAAAGAUGAGUGAUGCUCAGCCAAGGCUGCCAUCUCCAAGCAAGAUUUGAAAUGGGCAGAUAGUUGAGAAAGAGGACAUCAUAUUAUCACAUUAUAAUGUUUAUAAUAACUAAAGGUUUUAUGGUUCUACUGAAAAAGAAUGAAAUUUGUAGGGGGCAAAGAAAACCUACUAACUUAUUUAAAAAGUACCAA